AUGGAAACUUGUUUGAAGCUUAGCAAUUCUGAUACAGUGGCAACGAACUCCGGCGUGUAUUCAGAGGCAGCAAUGACUUUCAUUGUAGAAUGUGUGGACAGGUUUGAACUGGCGACAAAGGGCUUGAAGCAAGCUCGCGGCUGGCCAGUUAUAUCAGUAGUGGGGCGGUUUAUGAUAACAGUUUUAUGGUUUCAAUACAGGGGCAUAUUUCUAAUCUGUAUCGGGCUGGCUUUAGAACAUAUUUGCAGUCUUUAUUGUGAACUAAUUUUGAGGGCUAUAGCACGGUUUGUAUGGUUUGAUCCAAUAGUCCAUGGUGCAAAGCUGAAACUAGCAUGGCAUAGCAAGAUGCAUCGAAUUUGGAAGCAUGAAGUUUGA